AUAUAUGUAUGUAGUUGUGUAGGUAUCAGUAAAUUACCUUAUCAUUACAAGUCUCAUUUGUGUGUGUUUAGCCUUAUGUAAAUUACUUACGUGUUUUUACAGAAAUAUCCCAAUAUCUGAACAUCUAAAUCCGGGCCUGCUUUGUUUUUUUUUGUGGGGGGGUUCUUUUCAAACAGGCAGUAAUUAGGACACUUUUAACGAUGCUGAGGGGUCCUUUCGGAGGUCCUUUGAAUGUGGCGCGGCAUGGAAAUUUGAGUGGAUAACAGAUUUGACAGCAGCAAAGUCCGGAGGAAUACUUUUGGUCUUCACUACAUUAGUCAUGUUUUCGGAUCAAAGUUGUUGGUUUGUCCGCAAGGUAUGAACGUGAGAGUGAAUGGUUGUUUGGCUCGCGAUCAGUCCAGGGUGUACCCUGCCCAAAGACAGCUGGGAUAGGCACCAGCAUGCCCGCGACCCUUGUGAUAUGCUGGAGAGCUGCGGCCAGCAUUGCCUGGGCUGUCCUGCUGUUGCCGCCCACCACUGCCGUUUUUGUCAUCCUCAGUAGAUUCAGUCCUCUUCUCCCAAUCCAGAGCAUAUCAGAAUGUUUGGCUCUCAUGACGAGUGCAAGCACCAUUUUUUCCUUCGUCUUGCUGUGUGCCGUCACGGUCAUGGUUGGAUUCCUGAUCUUUGAGUAUUAUACAGUCGUCCCAACCAUCGCCUGCUCCAAAAUUGCCCUUUUGGCUCAGCUGCUUCAUCCUCGCCACGUUGUCAACUCCCUCGUCCACUGCGUUAUGGGAAUCAUUGUGGCCUGGUGUUCCGCCGUCACCAUUGGGGGCAGAUACGAGAUGCUGGGAUAUCCGUGUGCCCACAACGAGGGUCCCCCUCAGGUGUGUCUGAACGAGUACCAUCUUGUCCUUUGCCUGGCGGGAGCCUUUGUUGGCUUUUCUCACAGCCUCUUUGGUGUAAUCCACAACAUCAACUAUGUCUCUUUCCAUGCUGUUCAGCAAUACAAGUACCUUCGCUUUAAGGGGUCCCUGCCACUUGUGGUGAAGUGCAGUGCCACUCAAGCACUCUACUCCGUUAGAAACUACAUUAUAGUAUAUUUCUUUUUGGGUUAUCUUCCAAGAGAGUGGAUCUGUAAAACAUUUAAUCUCCGCAGGGACAGCUCCGCCCAUCGUCUGGACACUAUCGCUGGACUGCUGGACUUGUCCUUGCUCUACCACCUGUGGAUCAGCGCCACCUUCCUGCUCUUCAGCUGGUACAUCACUCUGCUGCUCUUCCGGAUCUUUGUCACUGAGGGGUACAGAUUUCCAGUGCAGUCGUCUUUCACUGAGGAUGUGCACCAAUGUCUUCCCAAGGUUCUGAGUGACCCCCAGCCGGCUAUUUUAAAGUUCCUCGCCCUGCAGGACUUGGCUCUGCUCUCUCAGCACUCUCCUCCACGUCGUUGUGAGAUGUUCAGCCUGAGUCAGCCAGGUGGUCAUCCUCACAACUGGAACGCCAUUAGCAGGGAGUGUCUGUCACUGCUGACUGAUCUGACGCAGCGACUGGUGGCGUAUCACGACAGCGUGGCGACCAAUGGCAGGGCCAAGUCGCUGUCCACGGGGAGCGAAAGGAAGUCCUCGUCCGAGACGUCCACGGGUACCCUCUGUUCAUUUUUAACGUCAGGCCUGGAUGACCUGAUGAGUCCACAACCCACCACCUUCCUGUCCAAGACGCCGGCAUCUGUCUUUGCCCGCUCCGUCGGCACCGUGGUGCAGAGCCCCCUGACUGCCCCUUUCACUCCUCCCAACCUGGACAGCCCCUUCACCUCUCCCAGCCUGCGUCGUCUCACCGCUCCCGUGGAUCAGGGCUCGCCGUGGCACGGCGCCGUGCAGAGCCCCCAUGUCAUGAGGAGGGCCCCCAAGCUCUGGUCCACCUCCACAUGUGAGGGUAGAAAUGGUUCACAGUUCAACAGCAGCCUGGAAUUGUCGCCUGGCCCCCUUCUCAAGCAGGACACCUCUAAACCCAGCCUUCUGGCCCAGUUCCUCCACAACCGAAAAGAGCAGGUUAAAAGCUUCCUGUCAAAGCGGGUGCUCAUAGCGUACCUUUUCAACAAGCUUCCAGAGGCGUCCAGUGAAGCGCUCUUUGCAGACAGCCAGGCCCACAUUUGGGCUUUAGAAGGACUGUCCUACCUGGUCCAAGCUUCGUUCUCAGAGGACCACUUUGGAGUGGUCCAGACGGUGUUACCCAGCAUCCUCACAUGUAUGCUGCUGCUGCAAGAGGCAGUUGACCGUCACUUCAAGUUGCCUCACGCCUCCACCAAACCUGUGAGGACCACCAGCGGCAUGGGAGACUCGGCCUACAAGACGCUGCGCUUCGCUCUCAGGGCUGCGCUAAAGACGGCCAUAUACCGAAUAACCACCACCUUUGGAGAUCACUUGAACGCUGUUCACAUGUCGGCAGAGCACCGCAAGAGGCUGCAGCACUUUCUCUACUACAAAGAAUAACUUAACGUUUAUGUCCAAGCACAUCAACUGGGAGCGCAAGAGCAGAAACAGAACAGUCACAGGUCAGAUGACUGUUUGUACAUAUUAGCUUUUUUUGUUUAUUACUGCACAUACUUGGGUAAAUAAAAAUAUGUCAA